AUGGUGGAAGAGACUUUGGCAUGGGUGCAAGUUGAGUGUUAUGGGAAGAAAUCAGAUGUGUCUGAACUUACCAGCCUUGUUGUGUUUUCAAAGUGGAAGAAGGGAGCUGAUGAGGAACACCAGCAAAAUGUGGCAGCGGCAGCAGCAGCAGUGGUCAGGCCCUGGCCCCAUGCUGAAGAGCGGGGAGAUGGGAUGCCAAGGCGCCGGAGGAACAUGGGAAACAGGAUGAUGGCCCAGAGGAGAGCGCAGCAGGUGGAAGACUGGGUGGAAGAGGAGGAUGAUGCUGAGGAGGUGCCAGAAUUUCAGGUGUCUGGGAAAAUUGGAGCAAAGAAGCAGAGGAAAUUAGAAGAGAAACAAGCCAGAAAAGCACAGAGAGAGGCUGAAGAAGCAGAGCGAGAAGAACGGAAAAAACUUGAGUCAAAAAGAGAGGAGGAAAGGCGGAAAGAAGAGGAGAGAAUACGUCUUGAGGAAGAACGACAGGAGGAGGAAAAAAGGAAAGCAAAGGAAGAGGAGGAGAAGAGAGAGUAUGAAGAAUACCUGAAGCUGAAGGAGAGUUUUGUAGUUGAAGAGGAAGGGGUUGAAGAAUCAAUGACAGAGGAAGAGUCUCGCAGCUUUCUAAUGGAAUUUCUCCAAUAUGUUAAGAAAACAAAGGUAAUCCAGCUGGAGGACUUGGCUUCACAUUUGGGUUUACGAACACAGGAUGCAAUUAACAGAAUCCAGGACCUGAUGGCAGAUGGCACUCUAACAGGUGUGAUUGAUGACAGAGGAAAGUUCAUCUACAUCACUCCAGAGGAGAUGGCUGCUGUGGCUCAGUAUAUCAAACAGAGAGGACGAGUCUCCAUCGCAGAGCUGGCCCAAGCAAGCAAUUCCCUGAUCAACCUCCAGCCUGACAGCCAAGCUGUUGCUCCAACUGUGGCAUGAAAUUACGGUGUGAGAAAAAUACAGCAGGAGUUUAACCUUUUAACGAAUAAGCCACGUAAUUAAAAACAAACAAGAACCUCUCUAGUCCAUUCAUGGUGCUUGAAGAUAG